UGAACCUCAACUGGCAGAAGCAUCUUGCCGAUGGCAUCCUGUUGCGCGGCAAUUCCCGCCCCGAGUUCCACCCACUUGGCGACGGGCACUCCAAUCUCUGCGGCUCGGCCAUCAUGCACGCCUUCCGCACGCACGUCCUGACAGCACUCAAGGUCUCCACCUCUCAGCGUGACACCAACAGCAAAAGCGGCACCGUGGAGGCGUUGGACAAAAGACGCCUGGGCCAGCUGACCAACACGACCAUUUCCAUGGCGGAUGAGUUCUUGCAGCACCAGUGGCAGUGGCCCCCGAGGCGUGAGAGGCGCAUCUUGUGGCUCAGCAGACGGCCGUACUCACAAGUUGUCGACAAGGCAAGAGGCCGCAUCCACACCUACACGCCAGACAGACACGUGAGCCACGCCACAGCCACGUACGCCCAGACGUCGUGUAAUGAGCGUAUUCGGGUUAUUGCGACGUCAGGUGGGCAACGAGGCUGAGCUGCUGGCGUCCCUGCGGCAGUCAUUAGACAGGGCUGCGGCGACCGAGUCACCACGUUUCUCUGGGUGGCAGAUAGAGGACUUCAACCCUGGCGAUUCGCACUCCUUCAGGGAGCAGGUGUUGAGGGCUGCCUCGGCUGACAUCCUGGUGGGCGUCCAUGGGGCGGGCCUGACCCUGUGCAUUUACAUGCGGACAGGAUCGGCUCUCGUCGAGUUGUUCGGCGGCAACCGUGAGCGAGAGAACCGGCACUUCGACACCCUGUGCUCCAAGGUCGGCCAGCGUCGGUGGGAGAUGGACGUCGGGUCGCUGGAGCGGGUGGCGCCUGAGGGAGUGUGGGAGAAUGUGCGGCAGGCCAUCGAACAGCUGGAUGGCGUCGAGUGAAUGCGCGCAGGGAUUAAGCGGACGCUGCUGGUGAGUUGGGCAUAGCAUUUUGAGAGUGCCGAUCGGCGGUAGAUAGAUAGGUUCUGUGUGAGUGAGUCGGUGUGUAUUUGUGGCAUAUACCAGUGAGAUGAAGGUCAUGCUGCCUACAGCUGCCUGCUGGCUGCAGGAUAUGGUUUAUCGCCAAGCUGU